CUCCCGCGCGCCAAACCGGCACUCAUUCACAAAUCGCAAGUUAUACAUGACAAAACAUUAGUUCGUGGCAAUGAUCUACGCUCUCAUGCAUUACCUUGAAAUAGUGGAAACUGAAUACAAUAACAAACAGUGGUGGUAUAGUGACAACUGGUGUGACAGUCAUUCCCCGCGCUUUGAGCAUCAGCAGAGAUAACACUAGUCCUUCGGCACAGUGCAUUGAUUAAAAGAGUUUCGCGGUUCCUGACGAGCAAACGCAUUCAGUCAAUUUGAAGAGAACGACGUUAGCAGACGAAUAGACAAGACACGUUUUAAGAAGUUAUAGAAAGAAGACAUUUCCAUAAUGGCAACUGUACAAGCCGCGCCUUCGAGCCUGCCUACUCCGAUCCCCAAACAGGAGAGCAAAGAUCUGGACAUCAUGGCGCUCACCAUGGCUGCGCUCCGACUGGUCAACCCUUGGACCGUCGAGAAAAAGGCCGACAAAUGGUCGGACAGUUCUGAACCCGGGGCGCCCGAUGCGAAAGACCGCAUCAUCUCCCUGGAAGAAGUCGCCCUGCACGACACGCCUCAAGACUGCUGGGUGGUCAUCUACGACCGCGUGUACGACAUAACUACUUUCCUUUAUGAGCACCCUGGUGGAGCAGACGUGAUGCUGGAAUACGCGGGGCAAGACGCAAGCACCGCGUUCAGGAGUUCAGGCCACAGCCGCCACACCGGCAAGACCCUGGACCGGUUCCUCGUGGGAGAGCUGCCCAUGCACGAACGCAUGUACCGGCGCCCCGGCGGCAUGCGACUCAGCGACAUACCUGACUAACCGGUAGACUAAUCACUUGAAACCACGAUGUGUUCCCACCAAUAGCGAUUACAAGCACACGAUAUUUUUUCUACAGCGAUUCACGUUCAGAACUAAGGUUCUAUAAAAGGUAAAUAAGUUUACCUUAGCGAAUGCUUAAACGCAACACCAGAAUUGUACUCUGAGUAGACGACAUAUUGAUGUUUAUUUCAAUCCAAGUGACUCUUGUCACCAAGUUCAAACUUGAAGUGCAUAAUAUCAUAAA